AUGUGCAGCGUCAUGCAAUACAUCUGCCGCGACAGCAACCGCCACAACCUGACCUGCCUCAAACACUGCAAACCAGCCUCGCACCGCGGACUCACGGCCACAAAAUUUCUGCGCAUCGAGGUCAUCCACACACUUGUCUGGACGCCCUGGGAAGGCUGCAAGGUGCUCACCUUCAACCCAUGGGUGAGCCGCCACUUGAAGUGCGGCGAGUUCAACUUCGCAGAUGACAAGCCCACGAUAGAGGAGAGGGCGGUCGAGGACGCCUGA